AACUCCAAAGGGUAGUUUAAAUGGAAAUGUGUGUUCAGUAAUGUUCAAAAGCAAAGUUACUGAAACCAGGCGGUACCGUUUGCCACUUAUCGUUUCCCCUCGGUCAUAUUUGACUGUUACACUGGUUUGGCACUCGAACCACUGUUGAUAACAUCCUGGAGUAAAUUUUACAAAGUCUUUCUCAUACAGGUCAGGUUGCUGUGAUGACGGUGAAGCUGCAAGGCUUUGAGUUCUGGAAGACCACGCUGAGGGGGGCGCGUUACGUCGUUGCACCCAUGGUGGACCAGAGCGAACUGGCCUGGCGUCUACUGAGCCGUCGCCAUGGCGCCGAGCUGUGCUACACGCCCAUGCUGCACGCGCAGGUGUUUGUACGCGACGCCAACUACAGGAAAGAUAACCUGUACAGCGAAGUCUGCCCUGAAGACAGGCCGCUUAUUACACAGUUCUGUGCCAAUGACCCAGAGGUGUUUGUCCAGGCAUGUCUACUGGCUCAGGACUACUGUGAUGCUAUCGAUCUCAACCUGGGAUGCCCACAGAUGAUCGCCAAGAGAGGGCACUACGGAGUCUUCCUACAGGAUGAGUGGGAGCUGCUGGAGAAGAUGGUGAAGCUGGCCAAUGAGAAGAUCUCUGUUCCCAUCACCUGUAAGAUCCGUGUGUUUAACAAGAUGGAGGAGACCGUUCAGUACGCUCAGAUGCUGGAGAAGGCUGGCUGUCAGCUGCUGACCGUUCACGGUCGGACCAAGGACCAGAAGGGACCCGCGACAGGCAUCGCUAGCUGGGAACACAUCAAGGCUGUACGGAACGCUGUCAACAUCCCUGUGUUCGCUAACGGUAACAUCCAACACCUGAGUGAUGUGGAGCAGUGUAUGGAGGAGACUGGAGUACAGGGGGUGAUGAGUGCAGAGGGGAACCUCCAUAACCCAGCUCUGUUUGAGGGUCGCAGCCCUCCUGUAUGGGAGAUGGCUGAGGAGUAUCUAGAGGUGGUCAGUCACUACCCUCCCUGUACCCUGUCCUAUGUCAGAGCACACCUCUUCAAGCUCUGGCACCACACGCUGCAGAUCCACAAGGACCUGAGAGAGGAGCUGGCCAAGGUGAAGAACCUGCAGGGGCUGACAGAGGUCAGCAGACAACUCAGACUACGCUGCCAGGAGGAGAUAACCAAUGGAGGAGAGGAGGCGGGGCAGGUGGUUGGGCUGCCAUUCCCUCAUUGGAUCUGCCAGCCAUACGUCAGACCAGUGCCGAAGGCUCCGGUUGCUAACAGCAACGGUACGGAGGUGAAGGCAGUGUGUCACAAGAGGGCGUUGUCACAAGAGGACUCGGACGGGGCGUGCGAUGCCCUCUCCAAAAACAAACAGAAGAAGAAAGCCAGAAACCCCCACAAGAACUUCUGUCCCGAGCAGAAACCAAAGUACAUCAAGUGUGAGCAGUGUGGAAAUCCAAAGGGUAAUCAUUGUGUGUUCAAUCUGUGUCGAGGCUGCUGUAAAAAGAAGUCCCACAAGGAGGUGGCAGACUGCCCAAGUCACGGGCUGAGGUUCAAGACCAAGGCAGAGAAACAGAAGUCAGAGCAGCAAGAGGAGGAGGAGGAGGAGGGAAAGAGCAGAGGAUUACAGCAGGAAGAGGAUGGAGGAUUGUUGAACGGGACCCCCAGCCCCCCAACUGACCCCCCACAGAGGACAGACUGUGGCCUGAGCCAUGGACUAACAGGGACAUAGACAUCCAUUCAUAAGUAGAGCAGUACACACACACAGCAGGAUGUGGAAAACUUUAUCCAUCAACAGUAUACAGACACAAGAAUGUAUUGUAAGGAACACACACGUGCAUCCAUACUGUCUCACCACUGUCCUCCAUUGCUGCUGUGCUGAACUGGCUUUGAUGGGGUUUCACCACUACGCCCUCCUCCUACCUGACUGACUGGGGGAGGCUUCCUGGACUGAUGUAAUGGAUAGACUCCUCCUACCUGACUGAUGUAAUGGAUAGACUCCUCCUCCUACCUGUCUGAUGUAAUGAAUAGACUCCUCCUCCUACCUGUCUGAUGUAAUGAAUAGACUCCUCCUCCCUGACUGAUGUUAUGGAUAGACUCCUCCUACCUGACGGAUGUAAUGAAUAGACUCCUCCUCCUACCUGUCUGAUGUAAUGAAUAGACUCCUCCUCCCUGACUGAUGUAAUGGAUAAACUCCUCCUCCUACCUGACUGAUGUAAUGGAUAGACUCCUCCUACCUGACUGACUGGGGGGAGUCUUCCUGGACUGAUGUAAUGGAUAGACUCCUCCUACCUGACUGAUGUAAUGGAUAGACUCCUCCUACCUGACUGACUGGGGGAGUCUUCCUGGACUGUUGUAAUGGAUAGACUCCUCCUACCUGACUGAUGUAAUGGAUAGACUCCUCCUCCUACCUGACUGAUGUAAUGGAUAGACUCCUCCUCCUACCUGACUGAUGUAAUGGAUAGACUCCUCCUCCUACCUGACUGAUGUAAUGGAUAGACUCCUCCUACCUGACUGAUGUAAUGGGUAGACUCCUCCUACCUGACUGAUGUAAUGGGUAGACUCCUCCUACCUGACUGAUGUAAUGGAUAGACUCCUCCUACCUGACUGAUGUAAUGGAUAGACUCCUCCUACCUGACUGAUGUAAUGGAUAGACUCCUCCUCCUACCUGACUGAUGUAAUGGGUAGACUCCUCCUACCUGACUGAUGUAAUGGGUAGACUCCUCCUACCUGACUGAUGUAAUGGAUAGACUCCUCCUACCUGACUGAUGUAAUGGAUAGACUCCUCCUACCUGACUGAUGUAGUGGAUAGACUCCUCCUACCUGACUGAUGUAAUGGGUAGACUCCUCCUACCUGACUGAUGUAAUGGGUAGACUCCUCCUACCUGACUGAUGUAAUGGGUAGACUCCUCCUACCUGACUGACUGGGGGGAGUCUUCCUGGACUGAUUUCUCUCUUGGACUUUAGCAUAACAAGGCAAAGUUUGAAGUCAACGGGAGAUUCACCCCAAAAAGCCCAGUUCCAUGUGGGUCGUUCUCGUUGGUCUGCAGCCGUUUCUGGAAGGAGGAAGAGCUCAUGGAGUCGUAACAGUACUUUCCCAGUACUGCUCAAUCUCUGCAUCUAUUUGUCCUUUUGGUUGUGGGCAAUAAUGGGACUAUUUCCUGGUGAUCUUUGUCGUGUUUUUUCCCCCUCUGAACUAGUAGGAUAUUUUAUCAGCUGACUGUUAGAAUGGUGACAGUCUGUUUUCCUUUUUAUAUCAUUUUUCAUCAAGCUCCUCGUCUUAAUGUGUGCCUGUGUGAUGUGUAGGGCUUGGAGUUUGUUUUUUCUAGGCCCGUCUCCAGAAAGUAUUUUAGGGUAGGGAUGCUGAUCUGAGAUCUGUUCAAUAUAUUAUUCAUCAUUGUUGGGGCGGCAGGUAGCCUAGUGGUUUAGAGGGGUGGCAGGUAGCCUAGGGGUUAGAGGGGCGGCAGGUAGCCUAGUGGUUAGAGGGGCGGCAGGUAGCCUAGUGGUUAGAGGGGCGGCAGGUAGCCUAGUGGUUAGAGGGGCGGCAGGUAGCCUAGUGGUUAGAGCAGGUAGUCUAGUGGUUAGAGGGGCGGCAGGUAGCCUAGUGGUUAGAGGGGCAGCAGGUAGCCUAGUGGUUUAGAGGGGUGGCAGGUAGCCUAGGGGUUAGAGGGGCUGCAGGUAGCCUAGUGGUUAGAGCAGGUAGUCUAGUGGUUAGAGGGGCGGCAGGUAGCCUAGUGGUUAGAGGGGCGGCAGGUAGCCUAGUGGUUAGAGGGGCGGCAGGUAGCCUAGUGGUUAGAGCAGGUAGUCUAGUGGUUAGAGGGGCGGCAGGUAGCCUAGUGGUUAGAGGGGCGGCAGGUAGCCUAGUGGUUAGAGGGGCGGCAGGUAGCCUAGUGGUUUAGAGGGGCGGCAGGUAGCCUAGGGGUUAGAGGGGCUGCAGGUAGCCUAGUGGUUAGAGCAGGUAGUCUAGUGGUUAGAGGGGCGGCAGGUAGCCUAGUGGUUAGAGGGGCGGCAGGUAGCCUAGUGGUUAGAGGGGCGGCAGGGUAGCCUAGUGGUUAGAGGGGCGGCAGGGUAGCCUAGUGGUUAGAGGGGCGGCAGGUAGCCUAGUGGUUAGAGGGGCGUCAGGUAGCCUAGUGGUUAGAGGGGCGGCAGGAAGCCUAGUGGUUAGAGGGGCAGCAGGGUAGCCUAGUGGUUAGAGCGUUGGGCCAGUAACUGAAAGGUUGCUCGAUCGAAUCCCUGAGCUGACAAGGUAAAAAUCUGUCGUUCUGCCCCUAGACAAGGCAGUUAACCCGCUGUUCCUAAGGCCGUCAUUGUAAAUAAGAAUUUGUUCUUAACUGACUUGUCUAGUUAAAUAAAAUAAAAAUGAUCUGAGAUCUGGCUAUAUAUAGGUCUUAUUCAAUAUGAUCUGAAGGGCUAAACUGAUCCUAGAUCAGCACUCCUACUCUGAGACGCUUGGUGGAUACGGGCCCUGGUCUGGCCAUGUGGUAAAACUCCUGGUCAUUCUGAUGGUGCAUUCAUGACAAGUCGGAAACUUUAAACUUCUGAGUUAUUUGCAGAUUCUGAUACUUUCCAAGUGGGGAACCUGGGGCCUCAUCUUUCUUCAAGUUUCCAAGUUGUCUUGAACACACCAGUACUAGGAACAAAACAGGGGGGCCUACCUGAAUUUAUCCAAUAGAAACUCUUGUUUUUCUGGCAAAACAUUAUCCAUUGUGAAAUUGUUUUGCUACGGUUUGCACAAAUGAAUACACCCCAGGUGAGAACUCCAUGCCAAAUCACACGUGGAAACUAUUUCACUUCAAAUAAUAUAUAAAUAAUUUACAGUCAUAUUUGAUUUUAAUUUCUAUUUGUGGUGGUUUUAUUUUAUGGUGGUUGGGGGGGGUUGCUUGCAUUGAGUUCAGAGCCUUCUGGUAGACAUAACACCUAUCCAGUCAUAUAUGAACUUGAGGUUAAAUAAAUGGAAGUGACAAGUGAGAAA